AUAUCUCUUUAAAAUGCCUGGGCAAAAAUUUGAAGAUGGAUCCGCUGUGAUGGGCAGAUGGCCAGGGAGCAGCCUUUACUAUGAAGUGCAGAUUGUCUCAUUUGAUCCUUUAUCUCAACUUUAUACUGUGCGGUAUAAAGAUGGAACUGAGCUUGAUCUUAAAGAAGGUGAUAUGAAAGCCUUGAGUGCUUUCCGAAAAAAGGGGAGUUCAGCCUCUCCCUCGAGACGGAGGAGCCGAUCUAGAUCACGUUCUCCUGCACGUAUAAGGUCACCAGGCCGUACGCCAAAGAAGAGCCAGCAGCCAUCUCCAGUUCCUGUCGCCAGAGACAGCCGGAAGGGAGACUUGUUAAAGGUCCAACUUACACCAUUGAGACUUGAAGACUUUAUCAGUGGAAAGAGCAAUGGCGAAGCAGAGGGUAUUGGAAAAACUGUUGAUUUUCUCAGAGAGAAUUUGCGUACUACAGUGGAGAAAGAUGAUUACCUCAGGGAACCUUUGCGUAGUAACGUGGAGAGAGAGGAUUUCUUCAGGGAGUCUUUGCCUAGUAACGUGGAGAGAGAGGAGAAAGUGGUGAAAGAACUUGUAAAAAAUGAGAGAGUCUUACGGUAUAGACGUAAAAAGGAGGAUCAUGUAGAAAAAGAAUCUAACUAUACAGAGGUUGAUAAAGCAAAGCCAGCUGAAGAGAUUCAAUCAGAGUUUGGAGGGACUAUAGGAACCUUUUUUAUGACAUUGUCUAUGCCGCCAUUGCUGUACUACUUGCUGAACCAAUGUAUUCAGAAGAAUGCGUCGCUCUUCAGUUUCUACCCUCAGUGGUCACUGGCUGACUUGUGGAAUCCUACAGUUUUGGGUUACUUUGCUUUGUGGAUGCUUCUUAAUGCAUUAUUCUACCUGCUCCCUAUUGGAAAGGUGGCAUACGGCGUGCCCCUUGCAAAUGGGAAACAGCUGAAAUACAGAAUAAAUGGAAUCCAUUCCUUGCUUCUGGUUUCUGUGAUGGCAGCAGUGCUUUUGUACUAUCAGGUCAACCUGCUGUAUGUAUACAAUCACCUCCACCAGUUUGCAGCUGCAGCUACUUUAUUCUCUGUUGUUCUAAGUGUUUAUGCAUUUGCACGUUCGUAUCGAGCCCCUAAAGAAGACCUUUCUGAGGCUGGGAAAUCAGGCAAUUUCAUCUAUACUUUCUUCAUGGGCCGAGAACUAAACCCUCACAUUGGGAACUUUGACCUCAAGUAUUUUAUUGCCAUUCAACCUGCAAUUAAUGGCUGGGUUUUCCUCAACAUUAUAAUGAUUUUGGCUGAAAUGCAUGUCCAGAAUCUUGAUGUGCCUUCCGUAUCUAUGAUCCUGGUAAACAGCUGUCAGCUGUUGUAUGUUCUUCAUGCUCUUUGGAAUCAGGAAGGGAUGCUGACCUCUUUGGAUAUUGCCUACGAUGGUUUUGGCUUUAUGAUGGCAUUUGGAGGCCUCGUGUGGGUUCCCUUCACAUACGCCCUGCAAGCAAUAUAUCUGGUCAACCAUCCGGUGGAUCUUUCCUGUACAGUUGUUGCAUCCAUUAUUGCUUUGAACACUCUCGGAUACUUACUAUUUCGAUAUGCAAACAAUCAGAAGUUCGCCUUUAGGAAAAAUCCAGAUGACCCGAAGCUUUCACAUUUGAAAACCAUCCCAACUUCAGCCGGCAGCCAGCUGAUUGUGUCUGGGCUUUGGGGAUGGGUCCGACACCCAAACUACUUGGGUGACCUCAUAAUGGCCUGGGCCUGGUGUUUGCAUUGUGGUUUCGCCAGCAUUUUGCCAUACUUCUACGGCUUCUUCCUCACCGACCUUCUCCUCCACCGUGUGACCCGAGUGGAACAGCAGUGUAAAAGAAAAUACGGUCCUGACUGGCAGAAGUAUUGUCAGCACGUCCCGUAUCGCCUCGUCCCUUAUAUUUACUAGCUAGGCCACGCU